AUGUACCUGCCGAUUGAGAACCAUGAAAUAGAUAAAGAGCAUAUGGAGAAAGUGAAGCAACUCGUGAAUCUACAUUAUGAAGAGAACAUGAAAGGCAAAUUCUAUGACUCGGAGACAGCAGAGAAUUUGGCAAACGGCGACUUUAUCAACAGCAAAGACUGGGAAACCAACACCUUCAAUUGGCAUCGAAAUGUCAUGGCUAUGAAGGAUGGAAGCAGACUCUCCAUUGCCACCUUCUACAACCCUGCUAUUGAUGCAAUAAUUUCUCCAUCUCCGAAGCAAUUAUUACCCAAUCAUUUCCACUUCCAAGAUUACCUAGAUCUUUAUACCAGAACUAAACAAGACAAGGGUCUUAGGUCGAGCCCCUGA